UCUUCAUGGCGUCUCCACAACAGUCAAGGAUUCAGUCGUAUCUGGAGAGCAAUAAGAUCGGACCCUUGUUUGAGGAAUUGAUGACCAAAUUGAUAACUGAGACCCCAGACCACCCUAUCCCUUUUCUUAUUGAUCACCUGCAGACCAAGCAAGGCAGCCCUGGCAGGCUACAGAGGACUCUGUCGGGCUCUGCAGCGCUGUGGGCUGACGGCUCGGCCGCGGAGAGCAAAAGCACUCGAAGGGAGUGCAGGAACUUUGAGAAGCCAUGGCAGGUACAUUCUAAAAAACCCAAGAAAUCUAAGAGUGACCUGGCCAUGUCCAGUAUAUCCCCUCCUUCUCCAGAGUCCAAAUCACUGCCGCGGGCCAAUGAGUACCCCUGGUGGGAGUGGAGGGAGAGCCGGGACUUCGACGAGCUCAACCACAUCCUUCAGGAGAGCAAGAAGCUGGGCAAGGCCCUGGAGAGCCUGUCCCGCAGCAUCGCCAUCUCAGACGAGCUAGACCAGAACCUGGGGUGCUUCGACUCCUCGCUGCGCCCCCGGGUGGUGGGGGAGUGGGUGGGCCGGCAGGAGGUGGACUCUGACCCGCUGGCGGCGGAGAUGUUGCAGCCCCCAGUCCCCCGAGCCAAGAGCGAGACCUGGGGCAGCCGGGACAGCAGUCCUGCUGGGAGUCCGGCCUCCACGCACACCGGGCCGAUGAAUGGGUCUUCUCAUGUGGAGGGGCCCCAGGAGGACCUGGAUGACCUGCGUAUGGAGGGAGUCACGGGGCUGGUUCCUUCGGGGAGUAAGUUCAGCCAAGGACGCAGCUCGUAUCAGUCGGAGCCCCAGGCCAAAGUCACGCUCAACAUCUGCUCCAGAUGUGCCAGGUUGCAGGGGGACAGCCUGUCGGACACGAGAAGCGUGGAAGGGCAUGCGUCUCACGUCCCGGAGCAAGCUGUACCUGACAUCUCUGCUUUGUUGCCCGGGGUGGAUACAGUGGCAGGUCGGCUGAAGGAAUUUGAAGUUGCUUCUCAGCGUCAGCCAGUCUGGGAGUCUGAUCUGAAGCCCGUGAGGGGGGGCAGCGCCGCGGGCCAGCCGCUGCUCGGAGACUCCCUCUUCUCCAAGGAGCUGGAGACCAUGGGCAAACACCUCGCUGAGGUGGAAAAGGACCUGGCCAAGUUGGCCGAGGCCGGGAAGAUGACCAGCAGAGGCCUGAACAACCCGGCCAGCAGCGGCCUCCUCAGCCCCCUGCUGCAGCACAGGACGUUGCCCAACACCCUGCCCCUCCAGAGCCUGCUCUCCAGGCCCCAGUCCCCCGCCGGCGGCCUCUCCUCCAAGCCCAGCUCCGGGGGGCUCCCCAUGCUCAGCCCCAAGCACAGCUCGCUGACCGGCGGUCGGACCGUCAGCAACCCCGGGAGCAGGACUCAAACCCCCAGAACCCCCAGCAGGCCUUUGACCCCCAACAGCCUGAUGUCACGCUCUGGAGGCCACAAGGAGGUGACCUUCAGGAGGUCCCGGAGCCGGCCCGUGACGCCCACCUGUCAGCCCAUGCGUCCCCGCCCGCUGCUCACUCCGCCGGGGCUGAGCACCACGGAUAGCCUGGGGGCCAGCCUACGGGCCUACCUCUCUGAGGAUGAGUUCUACCAGCAGCUACAGGGCAUCAGGCAGCCCUGGCACCUUCCCAGUGACCCGGAGGGCGACAUGCUGGAACCGCCUGAGCAGGACAGGAGCGGAGUACGAGACGGCAAGAAGAGGUCUGUGUUCUCAGGCCUUUAACGACGAAAGACCAGGGACACUAAUCCAAUCAAACUAUUAUGCAAACCACUGGACAUUUUGAAUAUGUGUACAGGGACAAUUAUUUUUUUAGAAUAUGAAUAAUAAAGAGAUUGUAUACUUUUUCACAAAUGCUAGUGUUUCAUAGACAAUGUAGCCCUUGGAAAUCUCUAUGAUAUCACAUGAAAUAGAAAAAAAAAGGUGCAAUAUGCUAAUUAUUUUUGUCUGCCCUUUAGCAUGCGAUUGAACUUGAAGAAAAAAAAUAAAAAGAGAUGUACUCUUUUUUUUAAGCCCAAUAAUAAAUUAUGUUUAGGGCAGCACACACUUAUGUAUGUUUAGAGGAAAAAAGUCCUUUAUAUGCACUGUCCGGAUGUAGCACUUUGAAAGACAUAGUUGUAGAGAUUACAAAGAAUGCUGUUAUGCUAUCGAAAAAACC